CAAGGAUAUGAACUUCCGGGUUUGUUAGCUUGAUUGUUUCGCGCCAAAGCAGAACAGUGACUACGAAGGGGAUGAAACUAUGUGUUAUUGUUUACAAGUUUUGGUCUACAUCAGUUUUUAAUCACGAUACUUUAGUCCUAGGAUAACAUCAGACUUAUUUAUAGGACUGCAGGUGGCACUUUUUUUUUUAACCGAAAAUUGGACAUUACGAAAUCCUAACCUGCUACAAAUACAGACGGUGUCACAUUUGAAGCAAGGAUGUCAAAAGAAAUCAAUGAGAAAUUUUUUGUCAAGUUUGUGCUGGAAAAAGAAAACCAAUUCUCUGAGUUUGCAACAAAGGCUUAUGAGGCAAUUCGGGAAUUGCAGUCUGAAGAAUGUCUCCAGAAAAUGGAUGAAGAUGAAGCACUUAAUUUAAAACAGAAUGAUAAAUCAUUGUAUAUAUUUGAGUCUUUUGGUGGACCUGCCUUUAACCAUCUUGUAAAGAUAGGAUGCAGAAUUGUUAGCCCACUGGUGGUUCUCUUCUGCCUACAACAUCAGCGCUGCGUUCCUAAAGCAGAGCACCCUGUCUAUAAUAUGACAAUGGCAGAUGUCACUAUUUCUUGUACUAGUCUAGAAAAGGAAGCACGGGAUGAAAUCAGUGAGCUAGUACAGUUAAUGGGAGGUCGUCUGUAUCGAGAUCUGAAUGUUUCUGUUACUCAUCUUAUUGCUGGUGAAGUUGGAAGCAAAAAGUACUUAGUUGCUGGUACACUGGGGAAACCAAUUCUGUUGCAGUCUUGGGUAAAAACACUCUGGGAGAAAUCACAGAACUGCCUUUUCAGAUAUUCUGACCUCAGCAUGGAUGAGUACCUUUGCCCAAUAUUUCAGGGUUGUUCCAUAUGUGUAACAGGACUGACCAACAUAGAAAGAAAAGAAGUGCAGAAACUUACUGAGAAGCAUGGCGGUCAGUAUACAGGGCAGCUGAAGAUGAAUGAAUGCACUCAUCUCAUAGUUCAGGAGCCUAAAGGUCAGAAGUAUGAAUGUGCCCUAAAAUGGAAUGUUUACUGUGUGUCCAUCCACUGGUUUUUCAACAGCAUUGACAAGGGUUUUUGCCAGGAUGAGUCAAUGUACAAAGUUGAGCCAUCAGAGAAGAAGCAGAGACCAAAUACAUCAACACCUACAGGAAGUGGAACAAAACAAAAUGGAUCUGUCUUAGGCAUGAGCCACAUUUCCAAUAUCAGUGUGAGUUGUAUUAGUGAGUCUGUUACAGCUAGCCGUCUAGAGAAUGAAGGAGAGCAACUGGACACACUUGACAUUAGUUCUUUUAAUGCUCCUGAUGACCUUUUGGAUGGCUGCAAAAUCUAUUUAAGUGGAUUUGCUGGCAAAAAACAUGAUAAGCUAAGGAGAUUGAUUAAUGCUGGUGGUGGUGUACGAUUUAAUCAUCUUAAUGAAGAUGUUACCCAUAUUAUCAUGGCAGAGGAGAGUGAAGAAGUAAAGCAGUUUUUAAGUAGAGUGUCCCACAGACCACAUGUAGUAACAGUAAAAUGGUUAAUACAAAGCUUCAAGCAAAUGUGUCUCCUUCCAGAAGAAAAAUUCCUCCUUCCUGAGUACUUGCCUCAUGAAACUUCCACUCUUGAAGCCUCAAAUCGCGAGUUGACUUCUCAGCGUCCCGUGGAAUUAAAAACAUUGGCAGAUGAUAGUAUAAGCAUGCAGACAGCAGGAGAUGAGGACUUGUUGUCUCAGUAUGCAAGUGAUUACCCUAAAGGUCCAACCAAAGAACAGCAUAAUUUUGAAACUGGUUAUAACAAAACAGGGGCCAUCACAAUGAUGCAGCUGGAGUCCACAAGUAACACCACUAUGACUGGAGAGUAUUCCACAAUGAUAGAAGAAAGAGGCCUCUUUGGUGGGAAACAUUUCCUUCUGAGAGGCUUCAGUGUGGAAGAUGAAAUUUGUAUGACGGCUCUCGUAAAAGAGAAUGGUGGAAAAAUUGUCGGGAAUCGUAGUAGAACUGUAGCAGAUUAUGCUGUGGUACCACUCCUGGGCUGUGAAGUAGAUUCAACUGUUGGUGAUGUUGUUACUAAUGCAUGGCUGGCCAUGUGUGUGGAACAGCAGCAACUGUUAGAUCUUCGCAGUAAUCCUAUGUUUUUUCCAGUGCAAGUAGUGGAAAAUUGCACACCACUUAAGGAGUGUGUCUUAUCUGUCAGUCAGUUUGCAGGCAUGGAAAGAGAUUCAUUGGUUUAUCUGUCGGAGCUUCUUGGAGCUAAAGUACAAGAGUUCUUUGUCCGGAAAGCAAACAAUCGAAAAGGCAUGUUGGCUAGCACCCACCUGGUUUUGAAGGAACCAGAAGGAUCAAAGUAUGAGGCUGCAAAAAAAUGGAAACUUCCAGCUGUGACGUUAGGCUGGAUUUUAGAAUCUGCCCGUACUGGCAAAAGAGCAAAUGAGAACAAAUUUCUGGUGGAAAAUGUCAUUUCAUCAGAAAAGGAGGAGAGCUAUGUUGGUAGCACACAACCUUUGGAAGAAGACAAAAUAACCAUGCGAUCUCCUGAAUUACCCAUUUGCCGACCCAACACACUCAAAAGCACUGUAGUGACUCCAUUGGAUAUGAAUCGGUUUCAGAGUAAAGCAUUCCACUCAGUCAUUUCUCGUCCUGCUGGUGGAAAGACCCCAACUGAAAGCAGAGUAUUGCAGAAGGAGCCAUCUCUUCAGCUUGACACUCCUUCUAGAUUCUUGUGUCGAGAUCAGCUCUUCAAACCCUCAUUUGAUGUUAAGGAAGCCCUUGCUGCUCUUGAGACACCUAGAGGACUUGGACAGCAGAGCAGGAAAAUAGGUACGCCACUGUCCGAGGUGAUUGGUAGAAACCUCAAGGUAGCAUUAGCCAAUAGCACACGUAACAACAUGGCAGCAGUUACUGCAAGUCCACAAUUGGCAACUUCUGAGAUAAAAGAGAAAGAGGAGAAGAAGCCACUAACUGGUGUUGUUAUUUGUGUAAGCAAGAAACUCAGCAAAAAACAAAGUGAACUAAAUGCAAUCGCUGCAUCUCUAGGUGCAGAUUACAGGUGGGCCUAUGAUGACACUGUAACACACUUCAUCUACCAGGGCCGCCAGAAUGACUCAAGCCGCGAGUACAAAGCUAUCAAAGACAAAGGAGUACAUAUUGUUUCUGAGCACUGGAUUUUAACAUGCGCUGAGGAGCAGAGGUUGGUACCAGAGUCCUUGUAUCCUUACACUUUUAAUCCCAAGAUGAGUCUGACUCUGAGCCAAGUGGAACCCUGCAAGGUUUUAACUAGAAGUCAACACUGUGUUCAGCAUAAAAUGGAUAAUUCAGAACUGGAUGAAGAUAAUGAGGAGUAUAAGACAAAAAGUCUUCUUAGUAAUAGACUUUCUGCAGAUCUUACAGAAGCAUUAGAGAUACGAGAGAAUCUCCAACGACAACUUCAGGAGAUAAUGUCUGCAACAACUUUACCCAAGGGUCGUCGUUCUUCUCUGGCUUUGACUUCUGUGGAUAAUUCAUCACGAACUCCAGACGGUGUGAGCCGAUCUAGUUUAAAUGGUCGCAGUAGGGUUUUGGAAGCUUUCAGACAAUCUCGUCAGACUGUCUUGGAAAAUACAGAGCCCUCACAGAAUGAGCAGAUUAUUUGGGAUGACCCUACAGCCAGAGAAGAGAGAGCAAGAUUAGCCAACAACCUACAGUGGCCUGGUAGCCCAUCCCAGCAUUCUGAGCCUAUGCCUCUCCUGAAACCGGAAGAUGAUCUCCAUCAGUAUAAAGACUUGCUGACUGAUUCUGAGUUGGCAGAAAUUCAAGUCUCUGAUCAGAAUGAGACCGAAAAUAAAGCUGCAAAGGCUCAAAGAGAGGAGCUUGAUGGAUCAAUCUCAAAAGAGCAUGUUCUCCUUACUCCACAGGCUCCCAGUAUUGCAUUUCCUCUAGCAAAUCCUCCUGUUGCUCCACAGCCAAAGGAUCAGACAGAAGAAGAGAAUCAAGAAGAAGAAAUUUUUCAGCCAAGGUUUCAACUUUCUUCUCUCAAUCCACAAGAAAGGAUUAGUUACUGUCAUCUAAUUGAAGAACUUGGAGGAAUUGUGUUAGAAAAGCAAUGCUUUGAUCCAAGUUGUACCCACAUUAUUGUGGGUCAACCAAUGAGGAAUGAGAAGUACCUGGCUGCAAUGGCAGCAGGGAAGUGGAUUCUGCAUCGGUCAUACCUGGAGGCCUGUAGAGCAGUAGGACAUUUUAUUGAGGAGAAUGACUAUGAAUGGGGUAGCAGCUGUAUACUUGAUGCCCUCUCUGGAAUCAAUAUUCAGCAGAGGAGACUGGCACUUGCUGCAAUGCGAUGGAGAAAGUGCCUCCAAAGCAGAAACAUUAAUGGAAGUAAUGAAGAGGGAGCCUUUAGUGGCUGGAAGGUUAUUUUAAUUGUUGAUCAAGCCAAAGAAGCAGGAUUCAGGCGACUUCUGCAAUCUGGUGGAGCCAAGGUGUUUCCCGCUUACUCACCUUCAUUGUGUAAAGAGGCCACACAUCUUUUUGCUGAUUUCAGUAAGAUAAAGCCAGAUGAUCCCAUGACUAUUGUAGCUGAAGCUGUUGAACAUAAAGUAAGCUGUCUUAAGCCAGAGUAUAUUGCUGACUUUCUUAUGCAGGAACCGGUGCCACCUGUAGAAAACUACUUUCUUCCAGAAGCUCUGGAGUUCAUACAGAUUGGAGGAGAGUCCAGCAAAGGCACGACCACUCGCAAACGAAAGGGGUCUGGAGAUAUUUUAAUUAUAAAAAAGUCCAGAAUGAAUUAAUUUUUUAAAUUUUUAGAUUUAAUAUGUACACCAUUAUUUACUGGGUAGGAUAUGUAUAAAAUUAAUGUAAAAUGUAUUUAUAUUUGUAAUAUUUUGUGUAGAAAAUA